ACAAUCAACUCGAAGCAUGGCAAGGCCUGCAUCAACACAUGCUGCAGUUGCCCUGAAUUUAUCAACACACCAGAAUCAACAAGAUGAGCAAAUGCCCCAAGGACCAGACUCUCAGAAUCCACAGGAUCUCAUUGAAGCCUUGACAAAUCCUGAAGUUUGGGGCUUUGUUCAGGUCGUUUUAAACGACCAGCCGGAGCUACUCAGCCGCCUGCUACGGUAUCAUGAUAACAACCAGAGAAGGGCCAGCAAUCUACCACCCUCACCAAUUCCAGGGAAUCUGCCUCCUAAUUGCAAGUGUGGGCGCUGUAGGCACAUGCCUACUGUCCGUGAGCAAGUGUGCUGCGGCCUGAAGUGGCCAAUUUGUAAGACAUUGGACAAUCAAAUCAUUCAAAUAUGCCUGAACCACAAUGUCGUGGAAGUUGCGCACAGAAAUGUACAAGAUAUGUUGGCGGGACCUGGAGAGAGAAACAUUACGGCGAUGCGGCAUGCAUCAUACCGCCAAUACGUCCUCCACACAUAUGGCCACUUGGGUAAGGGAGUGAGGGUUGUUAUUCCUUCUUGUGUAGUCUGGGUGAUCAGGCAGCACUUUCCUUCACCAGAUGGCCGCUACACCGGAUUUAUACCAGGAAGAAGGCUGAUCUAAAACAACUAGCAGAACCAAGCUCUGAACUGAUAGUGAUAGUCAAAAGUUGAUGAUG